AUGAAGGACUGUUCUCUAACAGGAAGCAAAGAGUCUCGUGAUAACGAUAUUGGAGAAUCAGAGGCCAUUCCCGCCGCCAAGGAUGAUGAGGAAGAAGAAUUUGUUUUUCGACUUUUCAGCAAAGCCCCACCAAGCCAAAAGGUUGUUCUGGAGGAAGAUCAUGGACCAACAGGCGAUGGAACUUUUGUGAGCGGUCGACCACUCAGUUACUAUGUGGUUAAAAACGUCUCUGCAGAACGAAAGCAUGAGUAUACUGUAGCAGCAGUAAGUGGGGAUCAAGUGUUGGCAAGAUCACACGUCAGGGCUUGGGGCCUCGAGGUUCCUCGGAAGGUUACGAAACUCGCUAUUACUCGAAAGGCCAGGGCGAAUGAAAAACGGGCACAGGAUGAAGUGGCACAAACAAAACGGCGACCAGGAAAGAAACAACGGAUAUCCUUAAGAAAACGAAUAAAGGAAAUGGAAGAGAGGAAAGCAGCCGAGGUAAAAAAACUGGCCGAGAAAGAGGAGCAUGUAAAAGACAAGAAGAAGAGGAUGAAUCGUCUGAAGAAGCUACGAAAAAGGGCAAAAGCAAAAGGGCAGAAACAAGCAUUGAAAGAGGGAGAUGCGGAUCAUGACUCUAAUGCAGAUUUGUCGGGUUCUGAGUGA